CCAGUUGUCCAUUUGACAGAUACGUGAUAAGUACCAUUCGUGAUUGCAAGCCACUCCUUUUAUUGAUAAAUUAAGUAAUUUCUUAAAUGUAUCAUGCAAGGGAUUUAGAUUUAAGUGUACAGUGACGUUAUAUUGAAAUGGUCUAGUGAUUUAUAAGUGUUCAAAAGACUGAAUCGAGAUGACGGGGCGCUCGAGGACAGGAGUGUUCGGUAAGCUGUUCGCUAAGAACAAGUCCACAAAAGAGGAGCGAGCUACGGAAAUUGGUAUGCCCACGAAUGUUAAACAACACAUACAUGUGAGUAAGAAUUCAGAGACGGGAAUGCUAGAAGGGCUCCCGACGUCGUGGCAGCGCUUGCUAAACACACAGAUCACUCCCGCGGAGCAACAUGAAAACCCAGACGCGGCCGCCGCCGCGGUCAAAUUCCACAUAUACACCAUCAAAAAAGAAAAAGCGCCCAACGAGCCCUUCAAACCGUUCGUGACGGAGCAAGCCAUCACAGAGGAGGACUUAGAAAUAGAAAAGUUAUUAGAUAAGAAAAAUGCUCACCAAAGUCAAGAUUCUGACCUGUCCUUCGGGCAGAGCAGCGAGGAGGAAGUGCAAAGCGAGUCAUAUGGUGUCCGGCAAACCAUGCCUGUGGCACCUACCAAGCAUGGCAUGAAGAAGAAAGAUGCCAUGAUGGACCUCACAGCUGUAGUUGAAGACCUCACACUUAUCGGGCACGAGGCAGAAGAGAGCCCUAUAUUAAGGAAAAAAGAGCUUGUAAAUGCAACUCUAACUGAUGAGGAAAUAUAUGAGGAAUUGAAAAGAAUUUGUAAUAAAGAUGAUCCCUACAUGAGGUUCGAAAGGGUCAAAGACCUUGGUGCUGGGGCCUCAGGUGUGGUGUUUGUGGCAAUUGACAGUAAGGACAAAUCGCGGGUCGCGAUCAAAGACAUCGACCUCACGAAGCAGUCCAGAAAAGAUCUCAUCCUCAACGAAAUCAACGUGCUCAAAGGUUUCAACCACAAAAACUUGGUCAAUUUCCUCGACGCGUUCCUCAGCUACGACCAUCUAUGGGUCGCUAUGGAACUCCUCGAUGGCGGGUCCCUCACAGAUGUAGUGACAGAGGUCGUGAUGAAGGAGGGACAGAUCGCCGCGGUCUGCCGCGAGACCCUCCAAGCUGUAGCCUUCCUACACUCCAAGGGCACAAUUCAUAGGGACAUCAAAUCUGACAACGUACUAUUAGGCAUGGACGGAAGCGUGAAAGUCACAGACUUCGGCUUCUGCGCAAAUAUAGUCGGUGACGAGAAACGACAAACCAUGGUAGGUACGCCAUACUGGAUGGCGCCCGAGGUAGUCACGAGAAAACAGUACGGGAAGAAAGUGGACGUGUGGUCGCUUGGGAUUAUGGCUAUCGAGAUGAUAGAAGGCGAGCCCCCGUACAUGAAAGAAACUCCGCUAAGAGCGCUAUACUUGAUAGCUGCCGUGGGGCGGCCGAAGAUACCGAGGUGGGAGAAUUUAUCGGCAAACUUCCAGGACUUUUUAGACAAGUGCCUUCAAGUAGAUGUGGACCUUAGAGCGACAGCUGAAGAGUUGUUAGAACAUCCUUUCCUGUGCUGCGCUAUGGAGCUGCGAACGCUGACGCCGCUUAUAAAAGCCGCGCAGAAAAUCCUGCACAAGAACUUCGACUGAACCCGGAAACUUCCAUUCCCUAUUUUGUAUCGAUACAGUUUUUUUAGAAUUUGUACAAUGAGGUGCCAAGGGUAUUUUUCGAUUGGUGUAUGACUGAAGAGGUUCGCUAUGAUUGUAAAGGCUUUGCACUAUUGUGCGCGUUGACAAUACAAGUAUUUAAGAUUAGAAACGCCAGUAUCUAUAACUAUACGAGUGCCCAUGCUCUAGACGUUAAGAACAGUUGAUGAAUAGGCGUAGAAUCACAAGAUUAUUUAUUUUGGCAAUACUACGGCUCGUUUUAGCUUGUCUUAUCGUCACGUUGGUGUAGAUAAGUUAUCGCCUCCGAUAUAGAUAUGUAACAUCACUAACGUACCUAGUGUAGCUUCCCGUUUGAUAUUAAGUAAACUUUAAAAUUAUAUAUGUACAACAAAAAUGCCAUAAUGGAUUUACAAUUAUUAUUUAGAUUUGGGUUAUAAAAUUUAGUUUUAGGAGAUAACGUUUUGUAAUUUGAUUAGAUACUUAAAAAUACGACAUCUGUCCAACGAUAGCAUUUUCUUACAAAUUUAAUGGAAUUGGUGCGAAGUUUUUAUUUAUUUACCAAAAAUGUACAUAAAUAUUGAAUGUAGCUAGUCUUAAAUCAUAUAUUGUAAGUUCUGUAUGCUUUGAUUUCUAUAUUUUUCUACCAGACUUGAUCGUUUUAUCGUACAUAUGAUAAUAUCGGCAUUUUAUCACAUUCCUGACAUUUCUAAAGAAACAGACUGGAUUCUAAUAAUAACUAACGUAAAAUAUAACAAUAUAUCGAGACUGCAAUAGUGGUAGACUGAAAUAAUAAUAAUAUUUUGCUACUCCAUUUUUAUAAUACGAAUGAUGCCAAGAAAGACGUUUUGAUAUCCUCAAUCGAUUUUAAAAGUUUUAAUUAUUCUACCUAAUGUGGAAUAAUGCCAGAUCAGUUUUAAACUUGUCCUAAUGUAAGCUAAAAUAGAAAUGCAUUAUCCUAUAAGGAAAAUACAUUGACGUAAUCUAUAUAGAACACGUAACACAAAACAGUUUGAUUUAUAAUAUCAAAUCGCGACAUACCAAAAGAAAUAACACAUACACAUUUAAUGAGCAUUUUUAUUAUACAUUAAAUAUAUUAAACCGGGUCACUCACAUUUAUAAAAUCGAUGAUUGCUCGACAUGUUUCGCUCCAUAACGAGGAGCAUUUUCAAAGAGCGCUCACUUUGGUGGCCCGACGUAGACUUUAUAAACGUGAGUGACCCGAUUUAAUAUAUUUAAUAUGUCAGUGCCUCACGGAAGUUUUGUUACUAAAAUUUUAAUUAUAGUUUAUGGAUAUGUACUACUUCCUCUAUCCUGUUGGAAGUACGGAGAUGCUACAGUCCAACAGUAAAGUAAUAGGAACAAAAUAAACUCAAAUGCAGGAUUUCCCUUUAUUAGGGUUCCGUACCCAAAGGGUAAAAACGGGACCCUAUUACUAAGACUCCGCUGUCCGUCUGUCUGUCUGUCACCAGGCUGUAUCUCAUGAACCGUGAUAGCUAGGCAGUUGAAAUUUUCACAGAUGAUGUAUUUCUGUUGCCGCUAAAACGACAAAUACUAAAAAUUACGGUAAACCCUCGGUGCGCGAGUCCGACUCGCACUUGGCCGGCUUUUUUUUCGUGUAUCGAAACAAUCAAUUUAAACAACAGUUGUACCUUGUAAGCUAGAAGUAACCUAGCUAGCUUUCAAUAAUCCUAAACAUUAGAAACUAUAAAUUCUUGUCGUUUUAUUUGAUGCACUGCAUGUAGUGCCCUUACUAACAUGUGUUAUUUGAAAAUAAACCAUAUAACAAUGGAUUAAAGUACAUGAAUGUACAAUACAGUUACCUAUCAUUAAGUCUUAUCGCUAAGGGCAUUUUUCCGUCAAUCGAAAUGAGAUUUUUAUGAACUCCGUCAUGCCAAAGGGCAGACGAAUGUAAUUUUAGUAUUAUUUUUUAUCAGUAUCCAAUAUUGUAUUAGUAAGAAAAUUAAGUUUAUGGUAACAUAACUUAUGUUCUAUCGCCGACCUAGACUUGUAUUUUCUAGGUAUUAAGUAUGUCUUGCUAUUAAGAGAAUUUAUAUUUUAAUAUUUCUGAAAUAUUUUUUGCAAAAAGGGCGCUAAAGCGUAUACGGCGCUCAAAUAAAAUCGUCGUUUUGUACAUGUAUUACAGUUUAUAUCUAAGUAAUAGCAAGAUGUAAUAAACUGCAAUUGUUUUAACAGACGUCACCGAUAUAUGCACGCAAUUUGUGAUACAUUUAAGUCUACUGACGCGCAAGGAAUGCGAUCGAUCGAUCAAAUAGGUACCGCAAGGAAUCAUAAGUAUCAUAACUAUCUUAAGUCGCAUGCGAUAUCGGUGAAAUUUGUGGAGGCCCUAAAACGUAGGUGCAUUAAGGUCGGUCAAGAGGUUAAACUUUAUAAGUGUAAAGGCUUUAUUCGUGUAUCGUGGCCUAUGCGGCCUGCCGUGAGUGCCUGCUUCACAUUAAGGCGUGCUGUUGUACCAAGGUGAUAUAGGAAAGCCACUGUAUAAGUUUUUUUUUUUAAUAUAAUAUUAGUAUGUUAUUUAGUCCAAAUAAUUUGUUGGUUGUAAUUAUAAUUACUUUAUGAAACACGUGUUCAGAAUUAAGUGUCGCGAUUCAGCAUAGACAUAGAUACUAAGGUAGCGAUACAGCCUUCAUUUGCUCUAUUUGCCUUGAAAUUUUCCAUUUUCGUAGGCCGCAAAUACUCCCUAUACGCUGCUCAUAUUAUUAUUAUAAAAUAAACCCAAGUACAAUGACCUACAUUGGUUUUCAAAGGAACGAAGGAAUCCUUAUUAUUGCCUUGGUGUAGCAGAAGCCAUUUAGGCUAAGAGAAGAAAAUAAUGGUGUUCUCAUAAUUAUUUUAGUUCACCAUUUCUCGCACAGCCAACAUAUAUAAUAUAUAUGAGUCUAUCAUACGUAGACUGUAGUUAGGUAUCGCAGUUAGUUAGGACCUAGCUGUAGCCGCACAACGAAUUUGUUUCGGAGCUAGAUGCUAUGCAUUAGUUUUAUACACCAAUGACACUUUUGAAGCAUUUUUAUUAUAUGCCUAUUAAAUUAUUUUUGUAAAAUUUA